AUGGAGCAUGCAGUGGACCCCAGCUCCAGGAAUGUGCACAUGGCCAAGGGGACCGUGGAGAAUGCCUGGGACCCACCUUGGGGAUGGGUGGCGAUUCCCCCUCAGGUUGUGCCUCGAGCCGAGGACUGGCUGCCAGGGGUUCCCAGGGGCCCCCCAGUGUGGGCCACCAGCCUGGAAUCAGAGCUUCCAUCCACUCUUGAGCUGAGUGAGGCACAGUGGCUGCAGCUCUCCAGGGAGCUGGUGGAUGUUCAGGUGGCAGCCCAUCGCCUGCGGGAGCAGCACGAGGCUGAAAUCUUCCAACUGAAGAGCGAGGUCCUCUGGCUGGAGAGCCGCGUGCUUGAGCUGGAACAGCACAAAAGUGGCGCCUGCCAGGGGUGUGCAGCCCCUAACGAGGUGCAGACCUCUGAGUGCAAGCAGCGGAGGCAGAGGAGCAGUCCUCCGGGAAGCCAGGUGCAGCCGCAGGCAGAGGCUAUGUGGACUCUGGAGCAGAACAAGGCCCGGCAGCAGGCACUGGAAACACGAGUAGCCACCCUGGGCCACCAGCUACAAGGAGCCCGCGAGGAGGCCCGGGCAGCCAGGAAGCAAUUGGCCGCACAAGCUGUGGUGUUGUCUGGCUGUCAGGGCCAGCUCCGUCAGGCUGAGGCCGAGAACACCCGGCUGCAGCUGCAGCUCAAGACACUGAAUGAGGAGUACACCCUGCGGCUGCAGUGCUGCGCCCGGGAGGCAGCGGAGUAUGCUGGUGGUGCUGGCCAGGAGCCCACAGCUGCACCCCUUGGGCCGUUCCUGGAAACCACUCUGAAGGACAUCCGGGCAGCCCACCGCAGCCGAGAGCAACAGCUGGCCCGGGCUGCACGCACCUACCGCAAGCGCCUGGCUGAUCUGAGCCGGAGACAUGAGGAGCUGCUAGUUGCCCGAAGUGUGCAGCAGGAGCGGCCCCAGACUCUGGCAAGCCCCGACGGGACAGCCGGGACCCCCAAGGCCACUUUUGCAGCCCCCUCGGACCCAAAGCCGCUGCCCGGGCACCCUGUCAUGGAGCCUGGCCACCUGCAGGAGGACCAGCUCAACAGGCUUGGGGUGCUGCUCUUGUCUCCACAAAAGGGACCCGGCAAGACCUCCCAAGCAGGAACCUCGGAGCCACAGGGCUCGGACACUGUAUCCUGGGCUCAGAUCUGCCAGAAGCUCCGUGACUUCUCCUGUGGCACCCAGAGCUGGAACAGGAGCGGACACAGCUGCUGGUCCGGGCCACGGUGGCUGAAGAGCAACUUUCCGAGCUACAGGAGUACGUAG